GUACUCUAUUAUCCGCUAUUAUCUAGGAAUUUUUUGAAUCGAAUUUGGAGGACUCGGAGAUGAUUAAUGCGGUUGCAGAGGAUAUAAACAACUCACCUCAGGCUAUUAAUAAUCAUAACUUUCGACCAACUUGGAUGCUGAUUGCUACCUGGUCAGAUAUACAUCAAAGGCCAUACGAAAACAAUACACAACAGACCAACACAUUCCAAGGCGUCCUAGCUACAGAUGGCACAUACAGUUUUGUUCUGUUUAAUUACGAAAAUGAUGGCAUGAAAUGGAAUGGGAAUACCGAGAGUCCAGCGGAUGCUUUAAUUGGAUUCAACGCAAACGCAAACAGUGACUUUACAUUGAUACUUAAUCCAAAUGGGACUGAUUCAUUCACUCUAACCAGGCCAUCGCCAAUAACGAUUUUUGAACAGUACCGACCAAACAAAUUCAUUGGAAACAGUGGUCAGUUAGGCAGAUGGAUAUUUAGACUGGAAGAAAACACUGAGACAACUGUUAAUCCACUUCAGAGAUGUACUGACUGGUAUAAAAGGGAGCCCGCUGCAGACACUUGGGUUUCGCAGCGUCUAACGACGUGUCCGUGUACUUUCUGGCAAGCACGUGUAGACGGCCGUUUUACGUGGGCCCCAUCAAUUUCAUUGCAUAACUUUGGAAGGGGACGCGGCAAUGACGUUGAUUCAUUUCUGACUGCUAAUAAUUACGACCCAGAUUACCUACAAAGAGUACUCUCUUCAACAGUAUUGCCAGUGAGAUGUUUUCAGUCCGUCAUUCCUCGUAACAACGCUGGCGUAAGAUGUUGCUACUACGGCAAUCAAUUGCUUGAAGGGUAUUUCGAAGUUCUAGCUAGUAGUUUUGCUCUACGGACACAAUUUCAAUUCGGAAGAUGGGGAAUUAUACAGAAUUACUACGAGUACCUGCUCGAUGACCUAUUUCCAAGAUAUGAAUGUUGUACAGCUUCUAACGACCCUAGUUACUGUAAUCUAUACUACGAAAAGCGCCCUCCUGCAUCUUGUACUAAUUAUAGACCACCAAAAACAAGUUGGUUCUGGGGCGAUCCUCAUCUGACAACAUCUGAUAAUUACGCGUAUACCUUCAAUGGAAAGGGAGAGUACAUUUGUUCUACUCUUGAUGAUGGUUCAUUCACGCUGAUUGGCCGAAUGUCAGACCCGCUAAGUGGCCCGAUACUGGCCACAAUAUUUUCGGCAUUUGCUGCAUCUUAUUCUCUGGAGAUUGAAACAGUGGUUCAGUUUACAAUGUGGGAGAAUGGUACAGGUUUCAGUAUUCUUGUUAAUGGUACCGAGGAAGUCAGAGUAAAUGAUCUAAUGGACGGAGAUUAUUUCAACGUUAAUGAUCCUUCGUUUUCGUUGUUCAUAAGCAUGGAGAAUUUUACCAGUGGUAGUGACCGUGUGUUUGCAUCUUGGUCUUCAGGAAUAAACAUUGGGGUUGCUGUUACUGAAAAAAUGUUGGAUGUUGUACUGCAGUAUCCACAAACAUACCUGGGUCGGACAAAAGGCUUAUUCGGUAUAUGGAAUGGUAAUAUAAGUGACGACGUUUGCUACCGUAAUGGAAGCUUAUGUUUAAAUCCAAGUCAAAAUCUAACAGAGCGACAACUUUUUGAUGUUGGAAACAGUUGGAGAGUUCGAGAAGAUGAAUCUUUUUUUACAUACACUCCCGGAAAUACCUACAGCGACAUUAACGACUUACAAUUUGUACCAAUGUUUACCGACGAACUGAUAAGUGAAGCCGACAAUGAAUUUUUACAAAACGUCCAGGAAGCUUGUGGAACGAGUAAAGAAUGUCUUUACGACGCAUUGGUAACGAAAAACAUAGCUAUUGGUAUCAGCACCAAAGAAACAAACGAUGUUUUCGAAGAAGACGAAAUGAUAUUAGGGCUGUUUCCACCGAAUAUUACUGACAUUCUGGACAUGAGCCCUAUUCCGGUACUCAACGGCUCUCGACAGAUAUUUGUGAAGUUGGGUGAUCCAGUUCUUCUUAAAGUGGUUGCAACUGCUGCUGACUCAACUUCCUCACUGACAUAUUCGCUAGGAACGGAUAUAAAGGGUGCUUCCAUAAACUCGAAUGGCGAAUUUACUUGGACACCCAACAACACAGAUAUUGUCACUGUCAACCUGGUUGUCUCCGAUGGUACUCUUUCUUCUAGCAUUAUCCUGGAAGUUCGACUUUGUCCAUGUGUAAAUGGUGAAUGCGACUACAACGCCUUACUCAACGGAUUUGACAUUGUGGACGAUAUGUUUUCUCUCGUAAAAUGUAUCUGCCCAAAAGCAUGGUCAGGUAUUGACUGCUCCGAAGAUUACGAUGCCUGUCUCGAUGAUCCCUGCCAUCCAGGUGUCACUUGUAGAGAUAAUGAAGCCCCCGAAGAAGGAAACACUUGUGGCUUAUGCCCUUCUGGUCUUAUUGGAGAUGGUUUCAAAUGCUAUGAUUAUGAUGAAUGUGCUACAAUGAUUGACAGAGACGAUACUCAGCCAUUCUGUGAACACGAAGAGUUGUGCACAAACACACUUGGAAGCUAUAUAUGUUCUUGUCGUCCUGGUUUUGUCUUGCACCCAAACGGAAAACACUGCCUUGAAAUUAACGAGUGUGAUCAGCAAAUAGAUAACUGCGACAUUAACGCAGUAUGCAAUAAUACCGUUGGAUCAUUCACUUGUACCUGUAAUGAAGGCUUUAGCGGGGACGGCACACAGUGUACAGACGUUAAUGAGUGUUCUUUAUCAAUUUGUGGUGCGAACACUGACUGUAUGAAUACUGUUGGUUCAUUCGUUUGUACAUGUCAGGAGGGAUUUAUUGAUGAUGGAUCCACGUGUAGAGAUGUGAACGAAUGUGAAUUACAAACGGAUAAUUGUCAACAAAUUUGUAUAAACACUGAUGGUUCCUACAUGUGUAACUGCUCUGAGGGUUUUCAUCUCGAUUCCAACCAAAUAAGUUGUACAGCUGUUCAAAUGUGUACGGAAGGCUCAUGUACCAAUGCAGACUGCUUUCUUGAUGGCCAGCCACAGUGCCUUUGUCUAAAUGGAUACGUGGAGGAUAUUACAGAUAACACAACAUGUAUAGACGUGGAUGAGUGUGAUAACAUCACUUUAAACCUUUGUGAUAUGAGGGUUGGAAGCUGUAACAACACACAAGGAGGUUACACAUGCUAUUGUGAUAUGGGAUAUGAGUUAGCAAAUGACCAAAGGACCUGUAUUGAUAUCGAUGAAUGUAUUAUCGGCAAUUGUUCAGUCAAUGCAGAUUGUGUCAACACUGAUGGUUCAUACGACUGCGAGUGUCAUUCGGGAUACAUUGCAAGUGGAAACGACUGUAUAGAUUUCAACGAGUGUCAGGACGAGUCUGAUGACUGCGACGACAAUGCAUCAUGCCUUAACACAGAAGGUUCGUAUGCUUGUUCUUGUAACAUAGGAUACGUCAGCCAAGAUGGAGGUAACGCACGAAACGGAAGCUGUGUUGACUACGACGAAUGCUUGUACAAGCUAGACAAUUGUGCAGAGGAUGCUAUAUGUAGCAAUACCAUUGGUUCAUUUGAUUGCACAUGCAACAGUGGCUAUUCAGGUGACGGAGUGAUGUGUCAAGACAUCAAUGAGUGUAUGGAAGAUUCUAACAUCUGUCCUGAGAAUGAAAACAGACAAUGCAUCAACUUGCUUGGCACCUACGAUUGUCCAUGUAAUGACAACACGUUCAACGAAAGUGGAAAUUGCGUUGCUAUUAAGGCAAUUAUGCUGCGAGUUGUUUUUACUGAUUUGCUUGGUUGGGUGGUUGAUGAUUAUUACCACCUACUUGACUUGGAACAAGCCAUGAUAGACAUUGCUAACGACAUGAAUGCAUACUUUGAAGGUACAGAGUUGUCAGCGAGUUUCUUAGAAACUGUUACCAAUAGCUUCACAAAUAUAUCCGGCGGUGCUGAGACAAUUUUUACUGUAAAGUUCCGUCAGGGAUCUGAUAUUAGUGAAGAGAGAUUACUGCGAGUUUUCUUGGCAAAUUUGGAAGGAAGAAAUAAAGACUUUGUUGAGCCAAACAAUAGAGUUUCACUAGCAGAGACGGCAUCUAUACUUCCUGUUGACCCAUGUGAAGCUAAUACCGACAACUGUUCCGAGAGAUUUUUUACCACUUGUGUUUACAUUGAGAAUGGCAACUACGAGUGUCAUACAUGUAGUGACGGAUAUGAGCUUACAAAUAACAACGACACUUGCAUAGAUAUUGACGAAUGCGAAACCAAUACUGAUGACUGCGAUGUUUCAAUUGAACAGUGUAUAAACGUGAAUGGAAGCUUUUCCUGCCUGUGUCAACCUGGCUAUAGUCGCGACAGUAAUCCCACAUGUACAGAUAUAGACGAGUGUGAUGACUCCCCAUGUUCCAAUGCUAGUGAAGUUUGCAUUAAUGUGAUGGGAAGUUAUAGGUGCGACUGCCAAUCUGGUUACAUCAGUGUUGAUGGAUUAUGUGAAGAUAUUGACGAAUGCGCAGGCAAUACUAAUGAUUGUAGCGUAUCAAGUGAACAGUGCAUAAACGUAAACGGAAGUUAUGUCUGCGAAUGUCAACCUGGCUACAGCCGCAACACAACUGACAUAUGCACAGACAUAAACGAAUGUGAUGACUUACCGUGUACCGGCGCUAAUGAGGUUUGCACUAAUCUGAUCGGAAGUUAUAGAUGUGACUGCCUUUCGGGUUAUACCAGUGUUGAUGGAAAUUGUGAAGAUAUAGACGAGUGUGAUGACUCCCCAUGUUCCAAUGCUAGUGAAGUUUGCAUUAAUGUGAUGGGAAGUUAUAGGUGCGACUGCCAAUCCGGUUACAUCAGUGUUGAUGAAUUAUGUGAAGACAUAAACGAGUGCGAUGACUUACCGUGUACCGGCGCUAAUGAGGUUUGCACUAAUCUGAUCGGAAGUUAUAGAUGUGACUGCCUUUCGGGUUAUACCAGUGUUGAUGGAAACUGUGAAGAUAUUAAUGAGUGUGCGAUCUCUUCCUCAAUAUGCAACGGUCAGGGCGAGGUGUGUACAAAUUUACAAGGAAGUUAUGUUUGCGAAUGUGAGCCAACUUUAGUGCGUGUCAAUGGCAUCUGUUCAGUUGGCCGGAGGUUAAGAGGACAGAUACGCAUUAUUGAAGUCAACAAAUCGGCAGAACUUGCAGAUUGGGAUCCGGCCCUGCUUGAUAAAACUAGUGACAAGUACCGGAACUACGCUACACAUAUAUGCAUCAUUGUUAGUGGUAUAUAUGCUGAAUCUUUGCAAACUACAAGCACAUUCUAUGAGUGCAGCAUUAUUGGAUUCAGAGAGGGCAGUAUCAUUGCUGUUUACGAGAUUCUGUUUUAUGUUAAUUCAACUGAUACGGCAGAAAUGAUUCUUAGUAUACUGCUCAACAAAACAGAUUUUGAAGACAGACUGUACUCCACUGACAACGCAAUAAGUGUUCGCAUUGAUCCGAGUGAGACCAGUGUUCAAGAGUUCCCUAUAGUCUGUGAAGACGACUAUUGCAAGAAUGGUGGUGUUUGCGAAAUAGACGAUUUAUAUGAUCCAUCAUGCAGUUGCUUAGACGGCUACAGUGGAGAUAUGUGUGAAAUAAAAAUUACAGAUAGUGGCAGUGACACAAUUCUGUGGGUCUUAGUAGUGGUAUUUGGAAGUAUUUUAUUCCUCGUGGUGCUUCUGGCUUCUUGUCUAUGCCUAUUGUUCCUUUUGAAGCGACGAAAAAGAGGACAGCAGCAAAAAGACACCCAGCCCUGGCCGAGUAGCAUUCGUUAUCCCGCGGUCAUCUGGAACCCGACCAGGAACAUAAGUACGCAGAAUGAUUCUAAUAGCUCAUCAGAAGAAGUAAUGGACGAACGUGAAAAUGGUCACAUGGCUCAUGUAGCUCGGGCUAUUAAUGCCAUGUCUAGUCGCCUUGAUAAUCUGAGGCCUGAUAUGUAUAACGAUGACACAUCUAGUAGUAGUCAGUUCAUCAGACCAUUCGUUGUCACCGGAACGGAGGCCGCUGAACAACAUGGUAUCUAUGAUUAUCAUGUGCCGUUUAGCUAUUUAGACAAUUCUCGUGCAAGUCCAUUUGAUGGGUUACCGAAUCGUGGGUUUAGAACAAAUGACCUCAUAAACGAAGAUUUGGGUGAUGAUUCUGUCAGUUAUUACUAAGCCUAAAUUAAAUGAGUUUUAGUCCAGUCACGGUUGUGCGAUUUAAGCUCUAUACAGUAUAACAACGAACAAUUAAAAUAUGCAAUUCACUCCCACCGGGCAUAUGGAACCUUUUGACUUGAAGACAACACGAUCAUAUGACUGAAUUGAAGAAACUGUCUACUCUGCCAUCAAGCGAUAUUGAAAGGAAAGAAUAGCUGUUAUGCAGUACUUUCUAUCUUUGUGCAAUGGUUGUUGUGUGCUGCAGAAUCAGACACGAUUAAUAUACGUUAAUAAGUAAUAGUCGCUGAAGUAGUUUUGUCGUGAGACUGAACCAAAACUGAAAUACAGUCAACUGAUCAAUAGUUAGGAGACUCCACCCAUUUUUUUUAACGUAAUAAGGUACAAGAUUGUGUCCCAAUAUUAUAACUUAAUGGAUAACAAUGUGUUUGCAAUAGGCCAUGAUGUAAACAGUUAUUUAUUUUUCACAAUUUUUCAUUAUGUUUUUGCAGUUGAGUUGUGACUGGCUGUUGCAACUACCACAUUGCUGAAAAAUUGUUGUCUAGUAUUACUUUAUUUAAAUGGUACAAAUUCUUUUGACUAACUUUGAAAAUAUCUGAUAAAAACGAUAGCCCUAUUAGAUGCUGUAUAAAAAUAUAAGAAAAACCUUUAUCCAAAACAAAUUGCUUUAUCAUAUUUCUAUUAAGGCUCGACAGCAUUUUACAUAUUUAUGAUUUUUUAGUUCAGUAAAAAUGUUAAGUAUACAAUCAUUACUUGCUCCUAUAUCCCAACUAGACUGUACAUGUAUUUCCAGUUCUGAAAUAGUCUGUCCUUAGUGUCAUGGCCAUUUGGUCUACCUUUCCACAUAAAUAAAGGUCUAUAAUUUUAUAUAAUUUACUCAUAAAUUCAGAAUUUUUACCAAUCAUUUCAAUGUAUUGAAAUUAUAAAUUAUUGUAAUUAAUUUUAAAUAAUAUUAUUUAGUAGUUUUUAAUAGUUAAAGAUCUGUAUGCCUAUUGAAUCACAUUUUGCAUUUAUCAGGAUUCCCAAAUUGUUAUAAUUUUUAUAUGCUACUCGAUACUGUUCAUCUAAGUAAAAUAAAUUUAAUUUUAUAGACCUAAUAAUGAUAUUUAAAAUAUUUAAAAACAUUAAUUAAUUACUGUUGAAAUCAGUACUUCAUAUAUGCCUUGAAUAUAAUUUUUAUAAUACGAAUCAAUAUCUUUUAAUAAUAGAAAACAAUUAAUAAUUGAUUUAGAUUAAACGAUUAGUAUUGCUAUUUAUUUUUAUACUAAAAAUAUACAUUUGCUAUUCUACUGUGUAUUUUAAACAUUAUCAUUAUGAUUAUUAUAAGUAUUAUUUGUUAUAAACGCAAAGUUUAUGUAUGGUACAUUUGUAUAGAUAUGGGACAAACAAAUUAUUUAUUUUCAAUAGUUAGUCAUCUUUGACUUUCGGUGAUGUAUUCAUGUAUUGCCUGAAGUGUUAUGUAGGCAGUAUUGAUGGUAAUAUGUAUACCGUUUAAACAGAUUUAAUAUUUAUUACAAUUUCCAUUUUAUGCGAUAUAUUGUAGAGGAAAGCAAAAAUAGAUUAUUUAUUAAACUUUUGUACUGAUAACGGAAA